UCACAUUAGUGCGAGAACUGAUGAUCAGUAUUGAUAGGAACAAUGGUGUCCUUAUUCCACAUAGAUCCUUCAUUCACUGGCUAUGGAAAAAGUGGAGUUCGCUUUCUCAAGAUCAAACGCAGUGGAAAAUACCACGAGAUUAAGCAGGUAGAAGUUGCAACAGAGCUGAAAUUGGAUGACUACCGAGACUACAAUUAUGGAAACAAUUCGAGCGUGGUACCAACAGAUACUCAGAAAAACACAGUCUAUGCAUUAGCAAAAGAUCAUCCGCUCAACAAUAUUGAAGAAUUUGCAAUCCACAUCUGCAGUCAUUUCCUAACAACACAUAAACAGGUAGUUCAUGUCACUGUUAACAUUGAUGAGUCACCUUGGAAACGUAUCCAACAGAAAGGUGUUGACCAUGCCCAUGCAUUUAUUCUUACUCCAGAUGUGACAAGAUUCUGCUGCGUUACUCAAGCAAGAGGAGAGGAACCAAUGGUGUCGGGUGGCCUCAAAGAGAUGCAGAUAUUGAAAACAACUCAAUCAGGAUUUGAAGGGUUUUGUAAAGACAAAUACACAAUUUUGCCAGAAGCUACUGAUCGUCCAUUCUCUACCAAAGUCUACUGCCAGUACAAGUUUGACACCACAAAGGGUGUGGACUUCUCUUCCUGCUGGAAUUUUGUCAAGAAUACAAUACUGGAGGAGUUUGCUGGGCCUCCUGACACUGGGGUCUACUCACCCUCUGUACAGAAUACUUUAUACAAGGCAGAAGCAAAGAUCUUGGGCAGUAUUCCACAGAUUGGUUGUGUGGAAAUGGUGAUGCCAAACAUCCAUUACUUCACAGUAAACAUGGCACCGUUUGGAAUGGCAAAGAAGGAUGAGAUUCUGAUGGCCACAGACAAGCCAGCUGGUAUGAUAAAGGCAGCUCUGUCAAGAAACCCUGUGGCGAAGUUGUGAACAGCAUGGGCUGUUUGUGAAAGGAAAGCGUAAAUUUUAUGAGGGUUAACUUGACUAUGAAUAAAAAUUGGUGAAUCUGUCUCCCUCAGUUGAUUCAGUCAUUUGCUUCAAUGCAAAUUUUGCAUCUAUUUUAUCAUUGAUAUUUAUUUUGAAGAAUGGGCAGGGCAGUGAGACAAUGUAAAUAAUUAUAACAAUCAUGUGAUUUUUUGUGCGUGGACACGUUAUAACUGUCAGAUUUUGGUUUUGACCUUUUACCGGUAACCGAUUGUUAAUUCUCUCCUUCAUGUAAACUAGUCACGAGAAUCUGGUGUUAGAUCAAGAUGAUAACUUCUACCUGAUAAGUUUUGGUGCUAUCAUAACCUGUUUGCUAGAUAAUGUUUGGAUAUUCAGUUUAGGAAGAAGUUACAUAUUAAUCGCUUCUGGGUGCUAAUGAGUUUACGUGCAUUUGUAAAUUAUGGGCAAGAGAAUUUAUAUCCUAGGGUUAAUAUAAUCUUAGUGACCUUAAUCGAUGUUAAUUCUCGUAUCCAAUAUUCACGGACCUAAAUUUUAUUAAUACUUCUUGACAAGAGCAUUAAUUAAUUGAUGUCAAGGUGGAUAUCGGAAGAACAAAUGAGAAAACUAAGCCAUUCAAGCGUGUACAAGCCAGUUACAUGCAGUCCGUGGUAUUUUUAAAAUGGGGUUCAGAAAAGACAGAAUUUUUCUCUUCCUAAGAGCCCAAAUAAGCCAAGAAAUAUUUUAACACAAGUGAAUUUUCCGAAUUUUUGAUAUUAAUCAAUAAAAUGCAAUGAUAAUUAAAGAACACUAAAAAAG